UCCUUGGAAGGUCAAUCGACGAGUUUGGCUAGUAGAUUAAGCACGAGGCAGAAAGCCUGGAGGUUGGUUCGUCGUCGGCGCUGGAUCGGCCUUCUAUCGUUGCAGCACUCUUCGAGCAGCAGCAGCGGCCACAAAGCGCAAUGGGUGAAAACUCGAACAACAACACGCAGAGCAUUGCCGACUACCUCGCGCAGCUGCUGAAGGACAAGAAGCAACUGGCAGCUUUUCCAAAUGUUUUCAUCCACUUGGAGAGACUGCUGGACGAAGAAAUCGGCAAGGUCCGGUCAUCGCUAUUUCAAAUCAAUGGCAUGAAAAAAGAGCCCCUGGUACUUCCUGAUGGGAUAGGACCGCCUGUUAGUCGGUCUGAGAAAGUCUAUGUACCUGUCAAGGAGCAUCCUGAUUACAAUUUUGUUGGGCGGAUCUUGGGUCCCCGUGGUAUGACAGCAAAGCAGCUUGAACAAGAGACCGGCUGCAAGAUUAUGGUUCGUGGCAAAGGCUCUAUGCGGGACAAGAAAAAGGAGGACAUGAACAGAGGCAAGCCAAACUGGGAGCACCUCAAUGACGACCUUCAUGUGCUCAUCACUUGCGAGGACUCCAGCAACAGGGCAGAUGUCAAACUGCAAAAGGCAGUGGAUGAAGUUCGCAAGCUGCUUGUGCCUGUUACCGAAGGUGAAGACGAAUUGAAGAAGAGGCAGCUCAUGGAACUUGCCAUCAUAAACGGCACCUACAGGGAUAGCAGCACCAAAGGAGCGGGUUUCACUUUUGAGAACAGCCCGUUUGCUAAAGCCUCAUUCACUCUUGCAGCGCCCACAGCCAUGGGACUGGCCUUGUCAGCUGCCGACGCACAACGGUUGAUGGCCGCCGCCCCUCCGCCACCUGUGGCACUGGCUUCUCCUCUGCGCGCCCAGUCUACACCGCUUGGAGCCCCCCUGAUAUUAUCCCCGCGUGGUCUUCCCGUGGGCCCCCCUAGCGCCCUGCUGAAUGGCUCUGGCCCACCGCCACCUCUCAUUGCACCAACAGAAGCGGGCCUGCUAUACGCGGCGUAUCCAGACUAUCACCAAUAUGCUGCACUCACGUCCCCUCUGCUCACCGAGUAUGCUCCCGACCACUCCCCAGCCGGUGCUGCAGCAAAACAACGCCGUCAUUUGGCGAUUCGCGAACAUCCCUACCAGCGGAUUGGGUCCCUAUAAUGAGGGCCUAACACCAAGACUCCAUCCACCACAAUCUUCCGUCUGCCAAACGAAGACCACUAACCCCCCACCCACUGACACCCCUUGGAAAAGCUCGGCUGUGCUCGGACUAACGGCGGCUGCGGUGGUAAACCGACGUCCGACUACCUACUGUUGAUGACGCUUCGUGGCACGUUGUCUGUAUUUUGCCCCUUCUGCCAGUUUGUUGGCUUUAUUCUUACCAUAAUCUGACAAGUAUUGUAACCGGCAUUGUAGGUGCGAUUGUUCUGCCUGUGGCCAACACACGUGGGCCAACAAUACUUGAUUACUCCUCGGAACGUAAUUAUGAACACGCACAAAGUGCACUGGCAGCUUCAUGUGUGUAAUGCGACAUUUUUGAUAUUGCUAUGGUCACUAAUAGUGUGCACACCCAAUGGGUGUUCUAAAGGAUUGCCAUGAGCAUGGCUCAAGCAUUGCUGUUGCAGUAGCACCAGUUUCUGUUAAUUGGCUAAAGAAGCCGCACCUUUGCAUGUAUCAAGUCCAAUGCACAUUGUGUAUGGCGACCUUUGCUUUAUACCAGGUAAGGUGAGGCUACAGGCACAUGUGUUGAUGAUGAGGUGUUGUUUGAUGCUAUAAAGGCCGCCUGCACAAUGUCAUUUAUUUGAGGACUUGGGCUCCAAAUUAAGGUGCAUCGAGUUCCGUAAAUAGUUGUUAGGGUGGGGAUUGGGUAGUGGUCACUUUUGAAUAGUGAAGUCCUGGCUUUAAUCCAUCCACGUGAGCAGCUUUCAUUUCUUGAGCAUGCCCUGAACGAACAGUUACCAUACUGUCACAUCUUUUGGUCUGGGUAGCUGGUCUACACACCACAAUACUCUGCUCUUUUUUGCAUUAUGAGUGAUGGGCCAUGUUACUUCUGGGUGUCACAUUGGCUGUCUCGAGAAAAUUUUCAUGCAAGUUCAAAUCUUCCACACAAACACAUACUGUGCCUUAAGUUUUUUUCUGACAGUUGACGUCUGCUCAUCAGUAUUCCUCAUGAAGUUUGGAGAGUACAUCUACUCAUCUUCAGGGGCGUACUGCAGGGAAAAGCGCUUUUUGUGUGUGCGUGUGAGCUAUCUCGCAUCAUCAGUCGACGGAAACUAAAGAAAAGUUUGUUUGAAAUGUGUGUUCAGCCUAGGCAUUUUUGUAGUUACGUUCUGUUUCUUCUGAUUGCUUAUUGCUUAAAACUUGAGCAAGGCAGAAAGGUAGGUGUGCCAUUGUUGACCUGACAUGCGAGGAGCAUUCAAACUCUUGUGCAAUAGCUCAGUAACAUUCACAAUUCCUGAAGAAUCUCAGUGCCUUAAUGGUUGACUUUCACAGAUUUUUAUCACGUCCGGCGCUCUACUGUUUAGCACACCUGCCUUUAGGUUGGUCACAAGUUAUCGUAUAAUUGAUCCAUUUCGCAGUUGUCCGCUGAAAAAUAGGGAUAAGUUUGCAAUGGAGUUUUUUUUUUCCUCAAUGUGUGUGAACUUUGUUACGUAUCAUUUCCCUUAGUGUUAUGUUAGGGGCAUAGUGUACUCACGUUUUUUCAUUGCGAGCCAGAAAGGCUCCGCUCCUAAAUAUGCUCCCCUCGGUAUGCACUGGUCCAAGCUGGUACCUAUGCAUUUUUCACUGUUCUAUUUAAGUUAUUUCUGUACAUAAUUUGCCAAUUUUAAUUUUUUUCAACUUUUGUUGUUUUUGUUGUUGUUCAACACCUCUCCUUCGGUGCACUUCUCUGGCAGCUGUUCUCGUGUCUGAAGUAGAGACAGAGUGCCAAGAGGCGAGUUUAUGUGAACAGCUGUGACUCUGAGGUUGUGACCAGGACGUGAAGUGCCGCUGUUAGCUUCUUUAAAGCACAUCUUGAUGGCACAGCAGCUGAGCUUUUGUUCCACUCGUGUCCCUUGCAGCUACGGCUUUCUGCAGAGUUUCUUUUCGGCAGCAGUUGACGGAGCGAAGUUGUGCAUAUUUCAUGUGUGCUGCUGACUAGAAAAAAAAAUCUACCUCUUUAAGUCGGCUUUGGGAAUACCUUUACAUGUUCCCUUCUGCUCCUUGCACUGUAAAAGCUGUGGAGUAGCCUUGGAAUUGCGUUGAACAUGCUGGCAUUCUUGCCAGAGCUGUACAUUAUGAUAGGGGGCGUCAUGUAUGUCAUCCGCAACUGCAGGAAGGGCAAACUGCCUGUCGCACAGCAUUUGUAAGUGGCACAGAUCUCUGCAUUUUGCAGUGUGAGUUUAAAACAAUCUUCACUGAGUGGCACUGCUCUUUUCAUUAAGGCCAUUUAUGCAAAUGUACAUUAUGUCCUCGUUAUUACCUAGCAGAACUACUUAAUUGUAUAUCUUUGUUUCGUUUCUUCUUUGUGGCAAGGGCAUUGUCCAAGUAUGUUUGAGAUUUUAAGUUUUUCCCCUUUUUUUUUCUUUACACUUGUCCGUUCAAACAAUCUCUUCAACUUGUGCUGUGCAAUGAUUUUUUUUUUUAUUUAAAGUGCUGCCCUGAGAUAAGAAUCUCAUUUUAAACGCAGAUCUGGACAACUUAUUUUCUAUUCUUGACCUGUGACAAAGAUAUUAAAAUGUGCCAAGUUUAAUAAGUGGACCACCGAACAGUGCAUUCAGUUUGCACAUGCAAAAUCUCUGCAAGUGCCAAAAUAGUCUCACCAUUCUAUCACAUGCCUAAGUUUGGUGGUACCACUAUAGGCCUCUUCCCCCAUUGUUUUUUUUUUUUUGCAUUCUUUCAUAUUCUUUACAUAGGCACUGGUGAUGCCUUUCGGCUAAAUAUUGAGCAUUUAUUCAUUUGACAUUAUUUUGCGGAUACUAUGUACUUAAGACGAACAACACAAGGCUGUGACAGUGCCUGUCCCGGCUCAGUCGAGUCGCAUUGUCCUCACACUUGGAUUUUCAUUCUGCACUCGUUAUUUUUAUUUUUCUCCGCUUUCUUGCGGCACUGAGCACAACAGCUUCAAGGACAAGCAUCCAUACCUCUCUGAAGGUUUUGUAUGUUUUCAUAACUGUGUACUUAAUUUCAUUGUCUCAUAGCAAUAAAACAAGAAUUCUCAUUUUUUCUCCCCUC